AUGAAUAAGAUUCGCGAAGAGCUUGCACAAGGAGUCUCAGAAGAUUUUGUAACAGAGGAAAAUCUAGCCAACCUUCCUUACUUGUAUGCAUGCGUCAAGGAAACUUUGAGAUUACACCCUCCAGCGCCGCUUCUGCUUCCACACAGAGCGAUCGAAGAUUGUGAGGUGAUGAAAUACACCAUUCCUAAGGACUCUCAGGUUUUCGUGAACGUAUGGGCAAUUGCAAGAGACCCUACCAUUUGGGAAAAGCCUUUGAGUUUUAAACCAGAGAGGUUCCUGAAUUCUAGUUUGGAUUACAAAGGCUAUGAUUUUCAGUACCUGCCGUUUGGUAGUGGAAGGAAAAUUUGUGCAGGAAUGCCGAUGGCUAUAAGGCAGGUUCAGUUGGGUUUGGCAUCUUUAAUUCAUCACUUCGAGUGGUCUCUUCCAGAUACAAUGAAACCUCAGAAGCUAGACAUGAAUGAAAAAUUCGGAGUGACAUUGUUAAAGCUGCAACCUCUUGUUGUAAUAUCGAAAGCAAGGAAAUGA